UGGGUUAGGGGCAGGUUUGGGGGUCCCGUUGGAGAUGCGCAACGUCACCUUCUUCUUCAUCAACUGCGUUGAGGGCACUGCUCGCGGGGUGGUGAUCGCCACCGGGGACCGCACGGUGAUGGGCCGCAUCGCCACGCUGGCAUCGGGGCUGGAGGUGGGCAAGACGCCGAUCGCGGUGGAGAUCGAGCACUUCAUCCAGCUCAUCACCGGCGUGGCCGUGUUCCUGGGCAUCUCCUUCUUCAUCCUCUCCCUCAUCCUGGGGUACACCUGGCUCGAGGCCGUCAUCUUCCUCAUCGGCAUCAUCGUGGCCAACGUGCCCGAGGGGCUGCUGGCCACCGUCACCGUGUGCUUGACGCUGACGGCCAAGCGCAUGGCACGCAAGAACUGCUUGGUGAAGAACCUGGAGGCGGUGGAGACCUUGGGCUCCACGUCCACCAUCUGCUCCGACAAGACCGGGACCCUCACCCAAAACCGUAUGACCGUGGCCCAUAUGUGGUUCGACAACCAGAUCCAUGAGGCCGACACCACCGAGGACCAGUCCGGCACCGCCUUUGACAAGAGCUCAGCCACAUGGGUGGCUCUGUCCCACAUCGCGGGGCUCUGCAACCGCGCCGUCUUCAAGGGGGGGCAGGAGAACGUCCCCAUCCUCAAGCGGGACGUGGCCGGGGACGCCUCGGAGUCGGCGCUGCUCAAGUGCAUCGAGCUCUCGUCCGGCUCCGUCAAGCUCAUGCGGGAGCGCAACAAGAAAGUGGCCGAGAUCCCCUUCAACUCCACCAACAAGUACCAGCUCUCCAUCCACGAGACCGAGGAUCCCAACGACAACCGGUACCUGUUGGUGAUGAAGGGGGCACCGGAACGCAUCCUGGAUCGGUGUUCCACGAUCCUGCUCCAGGGCAAGGAGCAACCCUUGGAUGAGGAGAUGAAGGAAGCCUUCCAGAACGCAUACCUGGAGCUUGGGGGGCUCGGGGAGAGGGUCCUGGGUUUCUGCCACUUUUACCUGCCCGAGGACCAGUACCCGAAGGGCUUCGCCUUCGACUGCGACGACGUCAACUUCGCCACCGACAACCUCUGCUUCGUGGGGCUCAUGUCCAUGAUCGACCCCCGUGCCGCCGUACCCGAUGCCGUGGGCAAGUGCCGCAGCGCCGGCAUCAAGGUGAUCAUGGUGACCGGGGACCACCCCAUCACGGCCAAGGCCAUCGCCAAGGGGGUCGGGAUCAUCUCCGAGGGCAACGAGACCGUGGAGGACAUCGCGGCGCGGCUCAACAUCCCCGUCAGCCAGGUCAACCCCCGGGACGCCAAGGCCUGCGUGAUCCACGGCACGGACCUGAAGGACAUGAGCUCGGAGCAGAUCGAUGAGAUCCUGCAGAACCACACCGAGAUCGUCUUCGCACGCACGUCCCCGCAGCAGAAACUCAUCAUCGUCGAGGGCUGCCAGAGACAGGGCGCCAUCGUGGCGGUGACGGGCGACGGCGUCAACGACUCGCCGGCGUUGAAGAAGGCCGACAUCGGCGUGGCCAUGGGCAUCGCCGGCUCCGACGUCUCCAAGCAAGCGGCCGACAUGAUCCUAUUGGACGACAACUUCGCCUCCAUCGUCACCGGCGUGGAGGAAGGCCGCCUGAUCUUUGACAACCUCAAGAAGUCCAUUGCCUACACCUUGACCAGCAACAUCCCCGAGAUCACCCCCUUCCUCCUCUUCAUCAUGGCCAACAUCCCCCUGCCCCUGGGGACCAUCACCAUCCUCUGCAUCGACCUGGGCACCGACAUGGUCCCUGCUAUCUCAUUGGCUUAUGAGGCAGCCGAAAGCGAUAUCAUGAAGCGGCAGCCCCGGAACCCCCGCUCGGACAAGCUGGUGAAUGAACGGCUCAUCAGCAUGGCCUACGGGCAGAUCGGGAUGAUCCAGGCACUUGGGGGGUUCUUCGCCUACUUCGUGAUCCUGGCGGAAAACGGGUUCCUUCCCUCCCGCCUCGUCGGGAUCCGCCUGCGCUGGGACGACCGCACCGUCAACGACCUGGAGGACUCCUACGGGCAGCAGUGGACCUAUGAGCAGCGCAAGGUGGUGGAGUUCACGUGCCACACGGCUUUCUUCGUCAGCAUCGUGGUGGUGCAAUGGGCAGACCUCAUCAUGCAGACCCGGCGCAACUCCGUCUUCCAGCAGGGCAUGAAGAACAAGAUCCUCAUUUUUGGGCUCUUUGAGGAGACGGCAUUGGCCGCUUUCCUCUCCUAUUGCCCUGGCAUGGACGUGGCUCUGCGCAUGUACCCCCUCAAGCCGAGCUGGUGGUUCUGCGCCUUCCCCUACAGCUUCCUCAUCUUUGUCUAUGAUGAGAUCCGCAAGCUCAUCCUCCGCCGCAACCCCGGAGGUUGGGUCGAGAAAGAAACCUACUACUGAGCCCCCCCCAACCCAGAACCCCCAAAACACCCAAAAACACCCCAAAAA